AUGGCGGAAAAUACCAAUCCCGAUGUUGAAAAGAAGAGCCUUAUACUCAACGCCUUUGUGAUGAUGUGCAGUGGCCACCAAUCACCGGGGCUAUGGCGACAUCCGAGUGACAAGUCCUGGAAGUUCAAAGACACGGAGCAUUGGGUUGAGCUAGCCAAGCUAUUGGAUCAGGCGAAGUUUCACGGGAUCUUUAUCGCAGACGUUCUCGGUGGCUACGAUGUCUAUUCCAAGUCUCUUGAGCCCUCGAUAACCUCCGGAGCUCAGUGGCCUGUAACUGAGCCGCUUUCGGUAAUCCCUGCCAUGGCGGCAGCAACUAAGAGCAUUGGAUUUGGCGUCACUGUGUCGACUACCUAUGAGCAGCCGUACCACCUCGCGAGAAGGCUUUCCACAGUCGACCAUCUCACAAAGGGAAGAGUCGGGUGGAAUAUUGUCACGAGCUAUCUCGAAUCGGCAGCAAAGAACCUCGGCCGCACUGAGCAGCUUGGCCACGAUGAGCGAUAUGCGCAAGCUGAAGAGUACAUGACGGUCAUAUACAAGCUGCUGCAGUCUUCCUGGAGAGAUGAUGCCGUUUUGCUCGACCGCGAGCGUGGAAUCUACACCGAUCCGCGCCUGGUACGGAAGAUUAACCACGAAGGGAAGUAUUUCUCAGUUCCCGGGCCUCACAUCGUGGACCCGAGCCCGCAGCGAACUCCCCUUCUGCUCCAGGCGGGCGCCUCGAAAGCCGGCAAGCUCUUUGCUGCCCAACAUGCCGAAGCCAUCUUCACCUCUGCUCACGCCCCGGCCGUGUGCGCCAAAAACAUUGCUGAGAUCCGACAAACCGCCAAAGAUGUUUUUGGAAGAGACCCGAAGAGCAUUAAGGUCCUGGCGCUAGUCACAACCAUACUUGGCAGGACCGAGGAAGAGGCUCUGGCAAAGUACAACGACUACAAGCAGUAUGCGUCGCUCGAAGGAGCCCUCUCGCUCUUUGGUGGUUGGACGGGCAUCGAUCUUAAUGAAUAUGGAGAUGAUGAAGAGCUCCGGCAAGUCGAGAGCAAUGCCGUCAGGUCGACCGUCGAGGGCUAUGCCAAGUUCUCUCCCGCAAACUCAAAGUGGACAAAGCACACUGUAGCGGAGCACGUUAGCAUCGGUGGCAACGGCCCUCUCUUUGUCGGCACUCCAUCUCAAGUAGCGGACAGCCUCGAGACAUGGGUUCGAGAGGCCGACGUCGACGGCUUCAAUCUUGCAUACGUGUUGUUCCCCCAGUCAUUCGAAGACAUCAUUGAGCUUCUCGUCCCUGAGCUUCGAAAGAGAGGCUUAUUCUGGGAUGACUAUGCUGUGCCGGGUGGCACUUAUCGGGAGAACUUUUACCAGAAGCCAGGGCAAAAGCACCCUCCUGCCGAGCAUGUCGCGGCAAAGCAUCACUGGGCAGCCGGGGUGGAUGCGGACCAGUAUCAGGCACCGCAAUGA